AUGCUCGCGCAGUCAAAUAACACAGACGCUUCCUUCGAAGAUGAAUUUAAUAAACCCGUGGAAUCGAUAAUGCGAUGCGAAGAAUUCAAGAGUAAUUUUGCCAGGAAACUAUCAAACCGAUACAUUUCCUGGUCACCGGCUGCUAAAUCCAAGCCAGAUUCAGCACUGAAGUUAUGCCCGAAAGACAUGCAGAAUGAAAAUGUACCAGAAAGAAUUGAGCAGUGUUCUCAACUUUCAUCGAGUAGCAUUUUGGAGCAAAGCGGAGAGGUGGUUAAGCCACCAGAUAAAAGUGUUAGGGAUAACGAGAUCCAUUAUACAGAAGUAAAUGCUUUGAAUAUGGAAGUGGAUACUCUAAGGUGGCAACUGGCUCAGACCGAAGCGAACAGGCAAAUGCAUAUAGCUUUACUUAAACAAAUAGUCACUUUCCUAAACAGAGUAAAGGAACACAUUGAAUGCCAGAAAAGUGAGCCAAUACACAAAGAAGAAAAAAUCUUUCCAAAGAUUGUACAAAAGUCACACAAUUUCAGUGACUUGCCUCGAUCAAAAUCUGUCUUUCACGUUGACAAACAUCUAGACGUUAUAAGCCCCACCAAGAAAAUCAGUACAAGAAAAAUCAGCAAAUCUAUAAGUAAUGUAAACGGACACAAGGAUUGCAGUAACAUUUGGGGAAAUUCAAAGCUGUCUUUGGUUUCUGAAAACGAAAUCGCUCAUAAGCUUACCGAGGAGAUGUCGAGGUUGAUAACUCUUGCCAAUACUGUGCUAAGUACAAAAAUACCUGACCUUGUAUGCGCCAGUCCUGGAAAUAGCCAUGAAAAUUUCCUGCAACUUAACGACGAUACUAAAAUUGAUGACACAGUACAAAAUGACACGAACGAUAAUCAAAGUUUCGUCUGUAAAAAAAGUGACUCGGAGAGUUUGACUAUAAAGUAUAACAGUCUGCCCUAUAAAGACUAUUCUAAGGAUUCUAUAUCGGAUGUCUUGAACACAUCCCAAGCUUCCUUCAAUGCGUUAAGAAGUGACUCCAACGAGACGAAACGUGAAAAUACGGAUUCUCCAAAUAGUUUAAUUUCAGCUGAAGUGAAACCUUUUGCACUGAAUAAAAAGAUUGAGUACAAUUCUGUUUCAAACUUUAUAGAAGACGAAAGUGGUUUUUCGUCUAUGAGCUCCUUUCAAGAAAUCGGGAUUCCGAUAAUUAGCAUUAUUCCCCCAUCACCCGACAAAGAAAUCGCAUACAUGGGCGAAUUUACAGAUAUAAACGAAACUGAAAAGUGGAAGACUGAUUCUAUCGAAUUCGAUAAGCAAAGUGUCAAGGUUUUUUGGGUAUAA